GUUUAUAAAAUAGUGGUAAACACAUCUGACGAUUUUCUCGAGUUAUUGACGAUCGAGGCGUGCGAUAGCUACAGGUUUUAGCUUCAGAUUGGUCUCAGGUUUAGGUUAAAUUGCGUUUCGUCUAAAUUGCCUACAGAUACAGGCCGAGUUCUCGUCGCGAGCCGACGUUCUGAGUUUUCGCACGAGAUCGAAAAACAUGUGUUUUGAUCCGGACUGCUGAGAAAAAAUGGCGGACAAAUCGCAACCUCAAGGCCCUCAAGGGCAGCCGCUCGUCAAAAUAGGACAUUAUAUCCUGGGAGAAACGCUCGGCGUCGGCACCUUUGGCAAGGUGAAAACGGCAUGUCACCAGUUGACCGGUCACAAGGUGGCUGUGAAAAUUCUCAACCGACAGAAGAUAAAGAAUCUCGAUGUCGUUGGAAAGAUCAGACGUGAGAUACAAAACCUCAAGCUCUUUAGGCACCCGCACAUCAUCAAGUUGUAUCAAGUUAUCAGUACCCCUACUGACAUCUUCAUGAUCAUGGAAUAUGUGUCAGGAGGAGAACUGUUCGAUUACAUUGUCAAACAUGGAAAGCUCAAAGAGUCAGAUGCACGUCGAUUCUUCCAACAAAUAAUCUCAGGCGUGGCAUACUGUCAUCGUCACAUGGUAGUGCAUCGUGACUUGAAGCCUGAAAACCUUCUCCUCGACCAAAAUUUGAACGUCAAGAUUGCAGAUUUUGGGCUCUCUAACAUGAUGAUGGAUGGUGAAUUUCUCAGGACAAGCUGUGGAUCCCCCAAUUACGCUGCACCUGAAGUUAUAUCCGGAAAGCUCUACGCAGGGCCCGAAGUUGACAUUUGGAGCUGUGGUGUCAUACUGUAUGCUCUUCUCUGUGGAACGCUUCCAUUUGAUGAUGAGCAUGUCCCAACCUUGUUCCGCAAAAUCAAAUCUGGCAUCUUCCCUAUUCCGGAUUACCUCAACAAAUCAGUUGUCAGCCUUCUGAUCCAUUGCCUGCAAGUGGACCCUAUGAAGCGAGCCACCAUGGAGGACAUCAAAAAUCAUGAGUGGUUCAAAAAGGAGUUGCCUGCAUACCUGUUCCCACUACCCAAUGACAACGAUGCUUCUAUAAUUGACAUGGAUGCUGUGAAAGUUGUUUGUGAGAAGUUCGGCGUGCAAGAGAAAGAGCUUCACAGUGCGCUGCUGAGCGGCAACCCACACGACCAGUUGGCCAUCGCCUACAACCUGGUGGUGGACAACAAACGCAUCGAGGACGAGACGGCCAAGCUGGAGAUCAAGGACUUCUACCUGGCUUCCAGCCCGCCGCCCACGGCAGCCCUGCUUGACCAAAGCCCACAGAGGCCACAUCCAGAGCGGUUGGGGAGUCGGCAAAGGAUGCUCAGCGGAGGCAACGGAGCGGAUCGCAAGGGCACCCCAAUGAAGAGGGCAAAGUGGCAUCUAGGCAUUCGAUCACAGAGCAAGCCGCACGACAUCAUGAAUGAAGUCUACCGAGCCAUGAAGGCUCUCGAUUUCGAGUGGAAAGUGGUUAACCCAUUCCACGUUCGUGCUCGUCGAAAAAACCCCACCAAAGGACGCCCGGUGAAGAUGAGCCUGCAGCUGUAUCAGGUGGAGUACAAGAGUUUUCUCCUGGAUUUUAAAUCCCUUCCUGCCAAUGAAGAGGCCGUGCCACAAGACCCAAGUGUUGCCGAGACAAGCUACAACCAGAUCCACAACACGAUGGAGUUCUUCGAAAUGUGUGCCGCACUCAUCACUCAGCUGGCCCGCUGAGCAACCCACCGCUACCAGUCGCGAAUGCCCUCAGUUACAGCCUUCCUUGCGUUAAAUGUCACACACACCCUGAUGUCAUAUUGGCUAGAUUGGGCUAGUGUGCCAUUUUUGCCGGCGGUGCCGACAUUGCAAGAGGUGCCGCUAACAUUCAGACCAAAUCUCUUUGUGGUGCCACUGUAGGUCUUAACGUGCUCGAUUGUUGAGAGCCAUUUUCAAGUGCCAUGAAGCACAACACUUACUUGCCCAUCUUCAGAAUGUCAAACGUAUCAGUUGAGGCAGAACAGUUAUGUAAAAUAAGCAAGCAGAGUGUGUGCUUGUGUAACCCUGAUACAUGCUCAUGCUUUUUUUUUUUCUUUCGGAAGGUUUUCCUUAGGCAUAACAUACUUUACUAUGCAGCACAAGAUGUGCAUCACAUUUAAAUGACCAGGUUUGUUUCGUGCAUAACGUCUAUAGUAAGGAAUGGAGGAACAGUUCUGGAUCCAACUUUGCAAGUCAGGAAGGCAACCCGUUCUCUGAUCGGUUGCUUGGAGGUGGCCACUGUUCAGAUCACCCUCCCGCCUUGCAGAAGUUGGAUCCAUCUCUUUUACAGCAGUGAGGAUAGUAUAUAAACUCCAUGCGCAGUGACUAAUGUAUGCAGUAUCAAAGGCUACUGUAGGUAGAUAUCUUUAGAUUUGAAUUUCACUACCAAUGCCAGGAGUGAAGCUUGUGUGAACACAGAAAACCUCAGUCGUUACAUCUAGCCCACUUAGCCGUCCUCGUUACAUCUGUGUUACCAUUACGCAAAGCUUUAGUCAGAGGGACUCACUUACGCAUCUGCUUACACUUCUAACACUUUUUUUUUAAUCUUUUUAAGUUCAGCAUCAACUACACAGCUUGCAAAGAGGCAAAGAAGCCUUAAAUGGCAUACUAGCUGAAUCUAUUUCCUCAAUCUAACCCUUCUUGGCAAGCUGCUUACCUACAAUCUUCAUCAAAAGUUUUGAAGCCACCGGUGUGCAUGAACUGCUGUGGGAUCAUUUAUGUUGUGGCCCUUGUAUUUCGAACCAAAGCUCCAGAGGUUUUAGAGCAGUUAUGCCCCUUCCUCCUUGGUCCUCAUUCACAACAGAUCUCUUGUAUGAGUGGAUUUUUUUGGUGAGGCAUCGCUCCAUCCUUAAAGGCUAUUACAUUGGGCAGCAUUCACUUACAUCAAUCGAAGAGUGAAUCCGCAAGAGAGAUUCUGUGCAGAACUGUACGGACUUUGAUCAUGAAAACACCAGGCAUGUUACAGUAGCCUUGAAAUAGAAUGUAGCAUUGUUUCGUUGCUUUGAAACCCUUGACACAUACCUUACUUGAUCGUGCCAUGUUGGACAGGGAGAGAGGAAGAAUGUAGAAUCAUGUGUUUUCAUUGCUUUUUUCUUUCCAAUGGUCUACUUAGGGAGAAACAAGCCAUCUCUGUAUUGACAGUGGAAGUGUUUAAGGAGGUGCCAGUCCAAUUUAAUGUUAAUACCUGAAUGUUGCAGGCUGCGCAUUUGAAGCCACUGCUAGAUAUGUUUAGAUAUAAAUUUCACCAUGGGUGCUAGGAGUGAAGUUUGCGUGAACACGGAAAACCUCAGUCGUUACAUCUGCAUAUCCUUAUAUUAAUUACAUACAUAGCCACUUCUUGUAGGGACACAUUUGUUGAUUUUGAAGACUACUUUUCGUGUUACGCUUUGUUAACAGUUUAUCAUUUUGUUAAUAGAGAGUUUCAGCAUGUCCAGUGUUCCGGUAUACACAAAGGAGUUGGCGGAAUAUCGGGUUUGCAGACGAUGGUGGUGACAUGUUGCUCACUUCGUCUAACUGUAGUGAUAGACAAGUCUUUUGUGCUCGAGAUGUGUUCUUGCUGAAAACAGGUUUAUAAAGGCAACCUGUUUAAGAUUAUACUGCUGCCAAAAAUGUACUCCAGCGAAGGUGUAACGUACGCUUUGUUAUGGCAGUGAUAGGUGCGAUCGUGUUUGAACACUUGCGCCACCAGAGGGUGUCACCGCUGUGGCCACUCACAUUUACACACCGAUAACCUGGUAUUCCGCUACCCUGCAUAAGUUAACGGACUAGUUAAAACUCUCCAAUAGCUAGCAUGUUUGCUCUUCUUGCUUUAUUGUACUGUACAGCUUACAAUAUGUAGUCUGCAUUGGGCUGUGCCCUUCAGUUUUACGUAGCUCUGUAUUUUGUUAUGCCUGUAUUUGACGCAGCGUAACUGAUGUUCAGUGUUUGCACAACCCAGUUACAUCAUGUGCGUGUGUGUAGAGCAGGUCUGACGAGGUAUGAAGAAAAUGUGUGAAAGUAUUGCGUACUUGCGUAAAAAUUUGUGAAGGACCACAGCCCACAUAAAAUGUUUCUGUAGCACCUGGGGACUGCUUCUGUCUUCACAUUUGAUGCACCGACAGUAUUGAGCAGUGGCCAUAGGAAAUGCGGUGUAUUUGGUGUGGUGUCACAUCAACUUCACAUCACUGUGCUGUUAUAUCAAGGGCAAAGUGCAUGUGGCAGUGUGUAUAAAUGUGAUGUGUCACAUUACUGUGCCAGAGUUGAAACUAUAACAAGACAUGGUUGGUGUGCUCACAUUUGUAGAGAUAAAAAAAAUCAUAAGGCUGAUUGUACAAAGAAAAAUAUUUCCUGUGUCUACAACAGCCUGCUCAUGUAGAUUCUAGAUGCAACUACCCUUUGUAAUGUGAGAGUGUAAAACAAUCUUUCUCAGAGUUGUUUGUUGCAAGGACCGAAGCUUUAUGUAGGAAAAAGAAAAAAAAAUGCUGCAAGACCUUUGUAUACCUGGGGAAUGAUAGAGAUGAAUCUGUUGUUUUUCCUUCUGUAGUCUAAGAUGAGUUAUACUGUACAUAUUAUAUAGAAAAAUAUGCAUAUAUGUCAAUACAAGAG